AUGGCCACUACGACGUCAUCGUCAGCAAGUGCAUUCGCGAAAGGAAUUCCCAUCGAAGAGUUAUUCGGUAAUCCGUUUCUUGAGAAGAAACAGAGAAGUGAUACCAAACAAGAUGUCGGAAAUGAAGUGCGGAAAGAGUUCAUUUAUAAACCGUCGGAUUAUUGUGUUAUGAUGGAUGAAAUGAUUGGCUCGAGAACGAGACCUUGGAAUCCCCAGGGAACGCCGGUCAAACCAGUCCAGAUGUUAACAUUGCCAGAGAUGAGCAAAGAAGAACUCUUUAUGAAUCGAUUAAUGGAGAAUUGUGUUUUCAAGUCGGUAUUAGCUGGUCUUUUAGGUUAUGGUGUCGGAGUUGCUUUUGGACUCUUUACGGCAUCAGUUGACCCGCAAAUGUCUAUGGUUGGUGGUGACCCCUCAAAGCCGUUAUCGUUAAAAGAAACCUGGCGUGAGAUGAAAGGUCGUAUGUGGUCAUAUGGCAAGAAUUUUGGUUCGAUCGGUUUAUUGUUCGCGGGCAGUGAAUGUCUACUGGAAACGUAUCGAGCUAAAAGCGACUGGAAGAAUGGUACUUACUCAGGUGCAAUUGUAGGUGGUUUAUUAGGUCUAAGGGCCGGCGUAAAACCAGCUGUUUUUGGGGCUGCUGGCUUUGCAGCAUUUUCGACCGUUAUUGACUAUUACAUGCGAAGAUAG